AUGCUCACAGCUAAUGUGGUAACUAUUGUGAUUCUUGCCCGGGGUAAGUGCGGUCUUUCUAGGUGUAUCAAACUUUACCUCCUGAACAUGGCAGCUGCUGAUCUACUGGUCCUUACGUUUGAUGUCAUCCUAUACCAACUCAAUGAAUUGUACUUCCCGGAGUCAUUUCUGAACUAUACAGUAGCCCAUAGUCUGACAUUUUUCCUACAUUUUGCUUCUAUUGAAUGUUCUGUAUGGCUAACUGUUGCUUUUACAUUUGAUCGUUUUGCUGCCAUUUGUUUCCAAACAAUACGAAGAAAAUAUUGUAGACAAAACACUGCGAUAAUAUUUGUUACAAUGAUAUGGGGACUAAGUAUUCUGCAGAAUUUGCCAAUUUACUUUACUUUUGAACCUUGCUUCGUAAUUGACAAUAUAUCAUGGCACUGCAUCCUGAAAUCUAGCUUCUACAGUGUCCCACUGUGGGUAGCAUUCUUAUGGCUUGACACAGUUUUAUUGUCAUUCACUCCAUUUCUCUUCAUUUUGAUACUUAAUUUUCUGACAAUUAGACACAUUCUAUUCUCAAACAAGAUUAGGAUGGCUAUGCAGAGCAGCAACAGUGACCCAGAAAUGGAACAUAGAAGGAAAUCUAUCAUGUUAUUGCUGUUAAUAUCUUUCAGUUUUAUACUGUUGUGGAUGGUUACUUUCAUUCACUAUAUAUGCGUGCAGAUUACAGAAGUUCAGUAUUUGCACACAGACAAUAAUGAUCCUUUCACAAUCAUGGAGCGAACUGGAUAUAUGUUGCAAGAUUUGAGUUCCUGUAUCAAUACCUUCAUUUAUGCUAUCUCUCAGAUGAAAUUCAGAGAGAGGUUAAAGUGCAUUUUCAGACAUUUCUUCGUUCCUUUUAGGAAAGUGUUCAAAUAUAUUUAG